AUAUGUCGCGAACCAGCAAUUCGUAGAGAAACGCAAUAAAGAAUAGACCGUCGUAUAGUAUUCUUAAUAUACGCAUGCGCAAAUGCCAUAGCAACGACGUUGCUUGAUCCAAAAUGGACGGCGGUGAAGAGCAACAGCCCGCUGAGUCUACGAAACCAGAGACUCAGGAGAGCACAGGAGAACAACAGAGCACAGAACCUGCUCAAGAAUCCACUGAGAACAAGCCAGAAACUGAACCAGUACAAGAGCAGCAGGCUGGUGAAGGGGAGACAACUCAACAACAGGAAAGUGAAGCCUCUGAACAAAAACAGGAAGAUGAGAAAAAAGAAGAAGAAGUAGCUGAACAAAAGCCUGUGGAAACUACAGGUGAGGAACAAGCUGAGGCAGGAGAGCAAAAGCCUGCUGAAACUACAGGUGAGGAACAAGCUGAGGCAGGAGAGCAAAAGCCUGCUGAAACUACAGGUGAGGAACAAGCUGAAGCUGGAGAGCAAAAGCCUGCUGAAACUACAGGUGAAGAACAAGCUGAGGCAGGAGAGCAAAAGCCUGCUGAAACUACAGGUGAAGAACAAGCUGAAGCUGGAGAGCAAAAGCCUGAAGAAACUACAGGUGAAGCACAAGCUGAGACUGGAGAACAAAAACCUGCCGAGAGUGAUGAACAGAAACAAGUUGAAACAGGUGGAACAGAAGAACAAAAGCAAGAGAAUGCUGGUGAAACUGCUGAACAGAAACCUGCUGAAGGCACUGAUGGAGAAAAGGCACCAGAGACUGAAGCAGGACAAGAGCAACAGAAAGCAGAAGAAAAGGUUGAAGGUCAAGUGGAAGCAGAUGGUACUCAAAAAACUGAAGAGGGUGAACAGCAACAGGCAACAGAAGGCAAGGAGGAGACUGACGGAGCUCAGAAAACUGAGGACGGUGGAGAGCAGAAGCCUGCUGAGAGUAAGGAAGAGCAGAAAGAGGCAGAAGCUCAGGAGGCAGUUGAUGGACCUCAGAAAUCUGAAGAAAAUGCUGAGCAAAAACCUGCAGAAACUACUGAACAAGCAGAACAAGGUGAGGGUGAAGAAGGAGUGAAGAAAGAAGAGAAGGAUGAAGAACCAAAGAUCCCUGACAACUUCUACUACGAAUAUGAUAAAUUUGCCUCACGUCCUGUUAUAACCUCAGAGUCCGGUUUACCGGAAGAUUUGCUGACCUUGCAACAUUCAUUUGGUUAUGACUGUACAAAACGAGCUAAUCUCCAUUUACUGAAUGAGAGGACUGUUGUGUUUGCUGCGGGUAACCUUGUACAGAUUGUUGACCUGCAAACGAAGGAACAAACUUUCAUACGCAGCACAAGUGGCGGCGGUAUUGGUGCCAUUACAGUCCAUCCAAGCAGGAACUAUUUUGCUGUGGCUGAGAAAGGGAGCAGUCCAAACAUUAACAUAUUUGAGUGGCCUAGUCUCAAACUGUAUAGAGUACUGAGAGGCGGGACAGAGAAGUCAUAUUCUUAUGUUGAUUUCAAUCCAGACGGUACUCUGCUGGCAUCCCAGGGUGGUGAUCCAGAUUUCAUGUUGACUGUAUGGGACUGGAAACAGGAGAAGACGGUACUCAGAUCAAAGGCUUUCUCCCAGGAUGUGUUCAGGGCAACAUUCUCAACUGAGCUGGAGGGGCAGCUGACCACCUCAGGAACUGUUCAUAUCAAGUUCUGGAAGAUGGCUGACACCUUCACAGGUCUCAAACUGCAGGGAGAACUAGGUAAAUUUGGACGUACAGAGAUCACCGACAUCGAGGGAUACGUAGAGCUUCCCGAUGGUAAAGUAUUGUCCGGGUCCGAGUGGGGUAACAUGUUGCUGUGGGAUGGAGGUCUGAUCAAAGUGGAGAUCAGGAUGAAGAACAAAAAGUCGUGCCAUACCGGAGCUAUACAGCAAAUCCUUCUGGAUGAGGGAGAACUCAUGUCAGUCGGAAUAGAUGGAUAUAUCAGGGUUUGGGAUUUUGAGGCUAUUGAUACGGCUGAUGUGACAGAUGAGACAGGAAUGUUUGAGCUAGAUCCAAUGAAUGAACUAAAGGUUGGAAAUGAUGUACAGCUCAAGUGUAUCAUUAAGUCAAUAGAUUCUGAAAAUGAACCCACUAUCUGGUAUGCUCAGGAUGCUAAUGGAGGUAUUUGGAGACUUGACUUGUCAUUCUCCCACACAUCCAGUGCUCCAGAAAAAAUGUUCACCUACCAUGCUGGUAGAAUUAACGCAUGUGACAUCUCGCCAGUUUCACAGCUAGUUGCAUCUACAGGCGCUGAUCAUACUGUACGUGUGUUUGACUACGUUCAACAGAAACAGAUUUGUGAUACAAAAUUUGCUUCGGGUGGAACGGCUCUGCUGUGGAUCCCCAAAAUUAUUGAUCCAAAGGGAGGUUCAGUGAUAGUUGGUUUCGAGGAUGGUGUUGUAAGAUCUUUAUCAGUUGGCAGAAUAGACGAGGAGUCAACACGUAGGAAAAAACAUCACGAGUGUAGCAUGGAACUACUGCAAGCAUUUAAACCCCAUAGUAAAGCAGUCACAUCUCUCGCUAUGGAUGCUCGGGGAGAAAUUCUAGCAUCUGGGAGUGUUGACGGUAGUGUUUUCUUUAUGAAUAUUGGCAAAACUUAUGAGCCGAUAGGAUUCACGAAGGUGGUGGGACCUGUUAGAAAGCUUCAGUGGUCACCUGACAAAUUUGACAGGGUAACUGUGCUGGUGUUUUGUGAAGGAGGUGUUGUACAGGAAAUUGAAUGGCCUGAAGAUGGCAAGUUUGACACGGCUCACUCUUAUGAGAUCAGAGGACUUAAAUCAAGAACAUUCAAGUUCCAGAGUAUCAAGUCCAGACUCAGGCAUGAAGAAGAACUGGAGAGAAAAGCUAAAGAAGAAGAGGAGAGAAAGAAGAAAGCAGAACUAGAAAGAAAAAAGAGGAUAGAGAGAGGACUGGAAACAGAAUCAGAACAAGGAGAAGAAGAAGAGGAAGAGGGUGAACCAGAACCUGAAUGGCAUCCGUACAUUCCUGCUGAACCAAGUCCGAUCCUUACUGGCUUCUACUCAGAGCCCGGAAAAUUCUGGCUUUCAAUGGGAGACUUUGAUGCAGGUUACCUGUACGAGUGUAAGUUUGCUACAGAUGAGGAGAAAGCUAGCAGAGAGGAAGAUGUAUUUGAUGAACCAAUUAGAUCCGUCCCUGUCAUGGAAUCUGAUGAUAUGCCAAUACAUACCAUUACAUGGAGUAAGAAUGGACAGCAGGCAUUGUUUGGUAUGGAGAAUGGUCAAAUUAGGAUACAAAAUCUCGAGAAUGUACAAGACAUCUCAGAGUUGGGACCUUCAUGGUGCCUCAGUGUUCAUGACAACUUCUACGGUCACAUCACAGGUCUCAUGCAGAGUUAUGAUGGUUCGACACUCAUCUCCACUGGAGCAGACGGCAACUUUUUCCAGUUUUCUGUGAUGGGACAAGAAAAGAUUGACCAAAAAAUUGCAGAAAAUAAAGCAAAACUGCCAUCUGCAAAGAAAUUAGAUGAAAGCAAUUUACCAGAUGAUAUUGAAGAUCCCAAAGCUUACAGUAUUGAGGAAGCAAAACAGAAGGCAGAACAUGACAAGAUGAUGAAGGAGGCAGAGGAGAAGAAACGGGAAGUGCGGCGACAUGUCGCUAAGAUGAGACGUAUGUUCAAACAACUCCUCGAACAGAAUGAUUCACUGCCCAAAGAUCUUCGACUUCACAAAGAUGAGUUUGAGAUGGAUAGAGAAAUCAAGUUAGAGUUGGAACGGCACAAGAGGGAGAAAAUUGAAGUUGUGAGAAAAGAACUUGCUUGGGAGUCGGAGAAACAGAGAAUAGCUCUAGAGAAACUUCGUAAAAGGUUCAAGGAUGUAGUUGAAUGUGAUCGUAUUGUUGUGAAAGCUUUUGAGUCCAGUCAUGAAGUUGCAAGCUUCAGAGCAUCUAAACUCUCUGAUGAUUUCUACAUCAGAAAGGCGGAGUUUGAACGAAAGAGAACCCAGUUAACAAAAGAUGAUAUUACAAGAGAUCCUACUAGGGACCUCCUCACAGGAGCAACCCGUAAAACUGACAGCACAGGUCAAAUAGGAGAGAAGCCUGAGGAUCAAACGGGGGCAAAGGUGAUCACAACAUUGAAAGGCAGUAUGGGAGAGAGAAUCACUAAAGCACUUUAUAAAGUAGAGGAAAAGAAGAAAAAGAGGGCAGAGAGAAAAGCUCAGUGGGAAGAGCUGUAUGAAACCAAGCCAGAUGAUGAUUACGAAGAUCCUGCUGACAUCUCCGCCAUCAAGGAAGCAAAAGACAACAUGGGAGACUAUAAACUGAAGACGGCCAAUGACUACGUGGUUCCUGACCAUCUCAGGAUGAAUGUUGACAAAGCCAGGGGCCGGCUUUUGGUGCUAAAAGAUCUUAUCCAUGAGAACAAGUAUGAGUUCAAUCAGAGGCUGUUGGCUUGUAGGGACAAGAAGAUUCAAGUCAUAGAAGAGAUCAAGGACCUCACAGCAGAGCUCGAACUUGUACAUGCCAACCUGGAAGCCUCCCUGGUCAAACCUGUCCCACCAGUACCGGUCAUGCAUCCUGACGAGAUGCCAGAAAAGAAGUUAGAAUACACCCGUGAGACAUUGAUUGCUUUUAAGAAGGAGAUGGCAGAGAAAGCAACAGCUGCAAAGAAAGGAACACAGGAGUCCGGAGGGUUCGGGGGAUUUGGAGGGUUUGGUGGAGGAGGAGGUGACAAGAAAACAAAAAGGUUAACAUAUGAACAGGACAGAUUGCUCAAUCGUAUUGCUGAUCUUCUGAAAAACUUUGAUGCUGAACUGCGUCUGCUACGUCAUGAUAAAUUUAGACUGGACAUCAUCAUGAAGAAUGCUGACCUCAGACAAGUGACAUUGUUUGAGGAGUUGGUACUACUCAAAGAGUAUGAGAAAAGAGAAGACGUCCUUGCAGAGAAAGUCACCAAUAAACAGCAAGAAAAACUUGAUAUGCAGGCAAAGAUUGUAGAUGUAACAUCUAAACUAGAAGUAAAGAAGAAGGACAUAGAGAAGUUACAGGAGAGAGAGAAAGCUUUACAUGCUCAGUUUGUAGCUUCUCUCGGUGAAAACAACAAGUUUGCCGACUACCUAACCAAAGUAUUCAAGAAGAGAAUUAAGAGAUCUAAGAAGAAGGCUACAGAAGGUGAUGAUGAUGAUGAAGAUAGUGAUGAAGAUUCAGAUGAUGAUUCUGACUGGGACGAGGAUGAGGAUGAUGAUGAAUCUGAGACUGGAGGUUACGAUCUUGACAUUUGUCCGCCUGGCUGUGAUCAGAACCUUUACGAAGCUACUUGUCAGUUACGAGAGAAGAGGUUGGACAUUGAGGAGGCUCUUGUUGAAGAGAAGAAAACUAAUGACACUCUGAAGAAAGAGCUAGAUAGCUUCCAUAAAAAGUCUAAGAUUAUUGACAAUGGACUGAAAACUGCUCAGCAAGAUCUAGAGGCAUUCCAGCUUGAGAAGCAGCAGAAGUUGAACGAGCUUGAUGUGGUUGUGUCACUGAAGUUACAUCAGAUACAGUACAUGAUCAACGGUAUCCUGCCUCAGGAUCUUAGUCAGACACUCGUGUUUGAGUCUAAUGGUGUCACCAGACUGCAAAUGAGAAUUAAAGAAUUAGAGCAUGAAAAACAUUCACAGAAAAAAUACAUGAGAGAGUCUAAGAAGAAGCAUGUUCAGUUGAUAAAGGAUCGUAAAGUGUUUGAAGCAAAGAUGACUGAAAUGGAGAAAGACUGCGAGGAGAUGAUGGUCAGCAAGUUUGGCUGCGUUGUUGACAUUGAGAAACUAGAGACGGUCACUGUGAACAGAAACAUCGAGGAGCUCAAAGAAAAAUUACGAAUGACUGAAAUACAGUGUGCGGAAGAAGUUGUAGAGUGGAAUGAAAAGAUCGUAGAGAAGAAGAACCAAAUAACAGAUCUAAUACGAGAAAAUACAAAACGUUUGAACCAACUUUCAAAUUUAUUGAACAACAGACAUGGAUCUGAAGGGGCACUCGACUCAAGACAGAAAAAUCUGGGUGAGGAGUAUUCGGGUGCCCGCAAAGCUGACAUUCGUGAGAAACAGCGCCUGAUACAACUAGUACAGCUACAAGCCCAAGAAAUCGACGCCCUUAAGGAGGAAAUAAUGCUGCUGUCGCGGAAGGGUGGGCACAUCCUGCCCCCUGCUCAACCCCCACUACCACAAAGCCCAAACAUGAGAACUCUUAGUAAUUAAAUUGUGAAAAUGCAUUGCAUUUACGUUUAUGAAGACAAAUAAAACUGAACUCUUUUUUGAAAUUGUUAGAAGAUUUGAAACAAAUAUCGUGUGAUUUGAAAAUUAAAACAGUUUGUUUAUCAAUUACCUUAACAACCUGUAUUUUCUUUCCUUGCUAUGUUUCUUUGAAUUAUAUUGUGUUAAUACAUACACAUGUAGUUCGAAUUAAAUAUUUUACAGUUAAGGUUGUUGUAAAGAAAAAAUACACUGUCAUAUCUUAUAUGGAAUAUUGGCUAUGUAACAUGAAGUAUUUGUCAUCAACAAUUUAAUUUGAAUCAUAGAAAAUGUACAAAAUUGCCAUAAGGACAUGUUAAGAAUGUAGAAUGCAACAACUGAAAAUUACUUGCAAAUAGGUUCCAGUAUGAAUUAUUAGAAAAAUGAAAUCCAUGUUGGUAUGAUAAAUAUGGACUUUAGCAUUGAUAAAUUAUUUACUUAAUGUAAUAUUAGAUUCAAACUUAAAAUCUUCAUUUGGACUGUAUUUUAUUAAUACGGCUUUACAAGAAUGGAGUUUUAUUUUUAAUGAUUUUUUUGUCCAUCCAGAUACUGUUUAAAGACAUGUUUGGAAACAAAUUUCCGUCCACUUUUUAUGUGAGAAUACAAUAAUGAUAUAUUUAUGAUACAUUCAUUACACUUUAUUGGAUGUCUGUGAUAUAUAUGUACAAGUAUUGUUUGUUUAUUGUCAAACAAAUUUAUAUGUGAUUAUAAAAUUAUUUGAAUUGCUUCGAGUAAUAUAUUAUUAAAAAAGAAAACUAUCCUAA